AUGGGAGGAGGAUUUCGAGUUUUGCAUCUGGUGAGGCCGUUCUUGGCUUUUCUGCCGGAGGUACAGAGUGCUGACAGGAAGGUGCCUUUCAGAGAGAAGGUCAUCUACACUGUGAUCUCGCUCUUCAUCUUUCUUGUCUGCAGUCAGCUUCCUCUCUAUGGAAUUCACUCAACGACGGGUGCGGAUCCAUUCUAUUGGAUGCGUGUCAUUCUUGCAUCGAACCGUGGGACCGUGAUGGAGCUGGGUAUUACUCCCAUUGUCACGUCUGGUCUCGUGAUGCAACUCUUGGCAGGUUCAAAGAUCAUUGAGGUCGACAACAAUGUCCGUGAGGACCGUGCCCUCUUGAAUGGUGCUCAGAAGCUUCUUGGUAUUCUGAUUGCCAUCGGUGAGGCUGUUGCUUACGUUCUUUCUGGAAUGUAUGGCCCCGUUGGACAGCUUGGUGUUGGAAAUGCCAUUCUCAUCAUCCUCCAGCUUUUCUUUGCCGGAAUCAUUGUUAUCUGCCUUGACGAGCUCCUUCAGAAGGGAUAUGGUCUCGGCUCAGGAAUCUCCCUUUUCAUUGCCACCAACAUCUGUGAGAGCAUUAUCUGGAAAGCAUUUAGCCCAACGACCAUCAACACUGGACGUGGAGCUGAGUUUGAAGGUGCUGUUAUUGCAUUGUUCCAUAUGCUGAUAACUAAGUCCAACAAGGUCGCGGCUCUCCGCCAAGCUUUCUACCGGCAGAACCUUCCGAAUGUUACCAACUUGCUUGCCACAGUCUUGAUCUUCCUGAUUGUGAUCUACUUCCAAGGGUUCCGUGUGGUUUUGCCUGUGAGAUCAAAGAAUGCCCGUGGGCAACAGGGUUCUUACCCAAUCAAGCUGUUCUACACAUCCAACAUGCCCAUCAUUCUCCAAUCCGCUCUCGUCUCGAAUCUUUACUUCAUCUCUCAGCUUCUCUACAGGAAGUUCAGUGGAAACUUCUUUGUAAACCUUUUGGGACAAUGGAAAGAAUCUGAGUACAGUGGGCAGUCUAUUCCUGUUAGUGGUCUGGCUUACCUCAUCACAGCUCCAGCAAGCUUCUCGGAUAUGGCAGCUCACCCGUUCCAUGCUCUGUUCUACAUUGUCUUCAUGCUCACUGCUUGUGCUCUUUUCUCAAAGACAUGGAUUGAAGUCUCGGGAUCUUCUGCUAGGGACGUAGCUAAGCAGCUCAAGGAACAACAAAUGGUGAUGCCUGGACACAGAGAGUCGAACUUACAGAAGGAACUGAACAGGUACAUCCCAACAGCAGCAGCUUUCGGAGGAGUGUGUAUUGGUGCACUCACCGUCCUGGCUGAUUUCAUGGGAGCCAUUGGAUCUGGGACUGGAAUCCUCUUGGCGGUCACAAUCAUAUAUCAGUACUUCGAGACCUUUGAGAAGGAGAAAGCAAGUGAACUCGGCUUCUUCGGGUUCUAA